AUGGCUCGGUUUCCCCGGGUUCGAUUCAUGGCUAUCGCCAUGAUAUUUCACUUGGUCUAUAUCUAUUCUAUCUUUGAUAUUUACUUCGUGAGCCCCAUUGUUUCUGGCAUGCGCCUCUUUGGAGUUGAAAGGUCAGGAACUAUGCGGGCUCCUGCCGAUCGCUUGGUCCUGUUCGUAGGUGACGGAUUGCGUGCAGACAAAACUUUCCAGUCCUGGCCGGAGCCGUAUCCCGAAAGUGAGGAAGAUCUCAAACCUCGACCUCUAGCUCCCUUUCUACGAUCGCGUGUGCUUGAGCAUGGCACCUUUGGCGUCUCGCACACGCGAGUUCCGACUGAGUCACGACCAGGGCAUGUCGCUCUUAUCGCGGGGCUAUACGAGGAUGUCUCGGCUGUCACAACUGGAUGGAAGCUGAAUCCUGUCGACUUCGACAGCGUGUUCAACAGAAGUAGACAUACAUGGAGCUGGGGAAGUCCAGAUAUUCUACCAAUGUUUGAACAAGGCGCCGUACCCGGGCGAGUUGAUGCAUUUAUGUACAGCGCCGAGUUGGAGGAUUUUUCUCACGAUGCUCUACAACUAGACUAUUGGGUAUUUGACCAUGUUAAAGAGCUGUUUGAGGAGGCCCAGAAAAAUCAGACUCUCAACAAUGCCCUUCGACAAGACAAGGUGGUGUUCUUCCUCCAUCUCCUCGGUCUUGAUACGAGUGGUCAUUCCUAUCGUCCCUACUCGAAAGAAUAUUUGAACAACAUCAAAGUUGUCGAUCAGGGAGUCAAAGAGAUCACGGAGUUGAUCAACAAAUUCUAUGCUGAUGACAGGACCGCAUUUGUCUUUACCGCAGACCAUGGCAUGAGUGAUUGGGGCAGUCAUGGUGAUGGUCAUCCAGAUAAUACCCGUACUCCUCUUAUAUCGUGGGGCUCGGGUGUUGCCAAGCCGGAAAUCAACAAAGAUACUGUUGCUCCAGGUCACAGUGAUUAUUCAUCUGACUGGGGUCUUGAUCAUGUCCGAAGACAUGAUGUCAGCCAGGCCGAUGUAGCAGCGCUGAUGGCGUAUCUUGUUGGCAUCGACUUUCCCGCCAACUCCGUGGGAAAGCUACCGCUAUCAUACCUCUCAGCUGAUAUCAAGGAGAAAGCUGAGGCAUUCCUCGUCAACGCUCAGGGAAUCCUAGAGAUAUACCGAGUAAAGGAAGAGCAGAAGAAGGCGUCAGAACUGAGAUUUCGCCCCUAUUCGCCAUUUAGCGUCGAAACCCCCGAACAACGAGCAGCCGAUAUUCAACAACUCAUCCAAGCUGGUCAUUUCGAGGAGGCUAUCGAGGAAACAGACGCCCUCAUUCAAUUCGGUCUACAGGGUUUACGGUACCUCCAGACUUAUGACUGGCUAUUCCUACGGGCCCUCAUCACUAUUGGCUACCUUGGAUGGAUGGCAUUCGCCAUAAGCACGGUCGUCAACUUACAUGUUCUGCAUGGCAAGGUCGAGCCGUCAAGGUCUUUAGCCGGUUUGGCAAUCUUCUCCUCGAUUUUUGUGCUCCUUUCGGCAUCAUUUAUUGCUUCCAAGUCACCCGUGACAUACUAUGCUUAUGCUUUUUUCCCCGUCUUCUUCUGGGAGGAAGUGUAUGCUCGUCGAGAAAGCCUAAUUCAGGGUAGCAAGAUUCUCUUCGGGCACGUGCAAUCAGGGGGUUCCUUCAUGACUCUCUUCGUCAAUGGCGCGCUAUACAUUGCCACUAUUGAGUCUCUUGCCCUAGGCUACAUUCACCGGCAGAUUUUGACAGUUCUGUUCAUCCUCGGCGCGUUCUGGCCCGUCCUUUGCGGUCCUUCUUUCAUCAAAGAGCAUGUGGCACUGAGCGCAACGUGGUUUGUUUCCUGCGUCAGUAUGAGCGUUUUCACUCUCCUGGAUGCCAAUAAGGUGGAAAGUGUCAACCUCGUUAUGAUCGGCGGCGCCCUUAUGGUUACCGUUGGCCUUGUGUAUCUCAUCUAUGAAGAUCGCAUUCUUGCCGGCUUCUCUCCUGUAUCGAAGUAUCAAAAGUCUGGGCUACCGAUGUCACGAAUACUUGUCGGGGUGCAGUUGUCUCACUACUCAUGCCUCUGGCGUACCGGUUUCAACCGAACAGCCACUAUCUUCAUAGGAUCCAACGGAUCUGCGGCGGAGGUGCAUAAGUCUACGGAGACCUUCCGACCCCUGACGCUGCAGGAUGCCCGGAUAGCCCUAUUUUUCUUCGUGCUGCUCCAGGCUGCCUUCUUCAGCACGGGCAAUGUGGCAUCCAUCUCAUCCUUCAGUUUGGAAAGCGUCUGCCGACUACUCCCGAUAUUUGACCCCUUCUCGCAGGGAGCUUUGUUGGUGCUCAAGCUGAUGAUUCCGUUUGCCCUAGUCUCGGCGAACCUAGGAAUACUAAACAAGAGGCUAGGCGUGGCGCCCUCAGCCCUGUUCAUGGUUGUCAUGGCUAUCAGCGACAUCCUGACGUUGUACUUCUUCUGGGUCGUGAAGGACGAAGGGUCCUGGCUGGAGAUUGGCUCAACCAUCACCCAUUUCGCUAUUGCAAGUCUGUUGAGUGUGUUCGUUGCAGCACUCGAAGGCGUUAGUGCAAUGUUCAUCUCUGGUGUUGACGUUGACAGCCCGCUUGGGAAGCUGAUCACCAAUGGCGACGCUGCGGAGAAGAAAAACCCAACACCGGAAGCCAACGGGUUGGGCUCAACCAACUAG